GAAUGAAUGAAAAUAAAAUUUAAAUAAAUAAAUUGAAUUUAAAAUAUCUUAAUGUAAUAAAAAGUAGACUACAGAAAGGAGUUAGCAGAGACAGCUUAAAAGAUCUGUACUGCAGGAAAAGGGAUUUUGGCAGCAGAUGAAGUAAGUUAUAAUAAGAUAGUUAGUCAUAAGGUACAAUAGGAAAGAAGUUUGUUACAAUAAAUGUAGAAAAUAAUGAAGAGAACAGAAGAGCAUAUAGAGAAUUGUUAUUUACAUCAAGUGGAAUAGAAAACUACAUUAGUGGUGUGAUAUUAUUUUCAGAGACAGUAUAAAAUAUAAAGAUACAUUUAAUAGGUAAAACAUACUACAAAGGAUGGAAAGAACUUUGUAGAAUUAUUAAAAGAGAAAGGAAUAGUAGCUGGUAUAAAAGUAGACAAGGGAUUAGGAGUGAUUCCAGGAACUUAAGAUGAAUCUGCUACUCUUGGAUUAGAUAGUUUGAAUAAUAUGGCAGCUGAACAUUAUAAACUUGGUUGUAGAUUUGCUAAAUGGAGAGCUGUAUUGAAGAUUGGAAAUGGAUUACCAUCUUAAUAAGCAAUUAAAGAAAAUGCGUGGGGAUUAGCAAGAUAUGCUGCAAUUUGUUAAGAUAAUGGACUUGUUCCAAUAGUUGAACCAGAAAUCUUAGCUGAUGGAGAUCAUUCUAUUGAUAUAUGUCAAAAAGUCACAGAAAAAGUAUUAGCUGCUGUUUUCAAAGCAUUAAAUGAAAACAAUGUAUUCUUAGAAGGUUGUCUUCUUAAACCUAAUAUGGUUACUGCUGGAUCAAAUAAUCCUGAUAGAAACAAGAUCACAUCUUAAGAAAUUGGAUAUAGAACAGCUUUAGCUUUAAGUAGAACAGUACCUUCUGCUCUUGUUGGUGUUACUGUAACAAUUCUAUAUUUAUCUAUUAGUUUCUUUCAGGUGGAUAAUCUGAAGAAGAAGCAUCUUUAAACUUAAAUGCUAUGAAUUAAUUAACUACUGUUAGAAAACCAUGGACUUUAACAUUCUCAUAUGGAAGAGCUCUUCAAAAUACAGCUGUCAAAACUUGGGCUGGAAAAUAAGAAAAUUGGGAUGCUGCUCAAAAGGCUUUCUUAAUUAGAGCUAAAGCAAAUAGUGAAGCAUAAUUAGGUAUCCUUUCCUUAUUAACUCUAUUAGGAAAAUAUCAAGGAGGAUAAACAGGUGCAUCUAAUGAGUCUUUAUUUGUGCCCGAUUACAAAUAUUGAUUAUUAUGAGAUUUCAUUAAAUAAUACGUCAUAUCGUC